GUCUGCUGGUCAGUUGGUUGUAAACACACAGGAUGGGAGGAGGUGGUGGCGCCUGCUGGGCCGCCCGCCGACACUCGCCACCUUCACCCACUAAGGAUUAACUCGCCGCCAGGAUCACCACACAAUGUCCCUCAGGGUAUGCACGAGGUUGGACCAGCGGCUGCACGCGGCGGCUGUCAAGGGCGAGGUGGAGGAGGCGGUGCGGGUCCUGGACACGGGUCGAGUCCACGUCGACUGUGCUGACAGGGACGGGACGACGCCUCUCAUCCUGGCGGCCGCCAACGGUCACGUGGCGCUGGUCAAGGAGCUCCUCGAGCAAGGUGCAGAGUCCAACGCUACCAGACACACUGGGACGGGUGCCCUGUUCUUUGCUGCGCAGGGUGGCUUCCUUGACAUCGUUAUACUGCUGCUGGAGCAAGGGUGCAAGAUCAACCAAGCAUCCAAGGAUGGAGGUACAGCAUUGAUUGUGGCAGCGCAGUGUGGUCAUAUGGAUGUGGUGACGGAGUUGCUGCGCCGUGGAGCCGACCCUCACAGUGCUAUGAAGGACAAAGCCACUGCUGUGUUCGUUGCUGCACAGAAUGGUCAUACUAGUGUAGUGAGGACGCUGCUAGCUGCAGGUGCUAAGGCCAACGUGAGGCGCGUGGAUGGUGCCAGUCCACUGUGGAUUGCUUCACAGAUGGGCCACCAGGGGGUUGUCCGGCUCCUGCUCGGCCAUGGUGUCAACCCUGAUGUCACCAGACAUGAUGGGGCAACGCCACUAUUCAAAGCAGCCCACAAGGGUCACGUAGAAGUUGUACAUGAGAUUCUUCCCUUCAAGCCUUGUCUAGGACUUCUUAAGAAUGGAGAGUCGGCAUUGCAUGCAGCAGCCUUAUAUGGCCAUCUCCAGGUGCUGCGAGUGCUGGUGCAAGCAGGUGCUGAUCCAGGCCUUAAAAAUGAUCAAGGACUAACGCCAAUCCAAAUUGCUGCUCAGGCUCGUCACUAUGAAGCCGUCCAGCUACUAAAGGAAGCACUGACCAAGAGAAAAGAGAUGGGGCAGAUUACGCCAAAGACUUCACCAGGGCCACGCUCCCCUCGCUUAGUGCAAAGUAUGUCUGGUAAUGUGGUUAGUUCAGGGGUGCAGAGCCAAAGUAGCAGUCGAGGCUCAUCCAGGAACAGUUCCUUGGGCACAAUAGUGGAAACUAGCCCAGUGUUGCCCCGCUCUGUUAGCUCACCUAGUAAUUCGAAACCUGCUCAAUAUGUAUCAUGUGAGCUGAGUAACAUGGUAGAUGGUGGAGCACGUCCCAGAGCAACUCUGGCCACUGGAUCCUGCACAUCAGUCAGUGGACGGACCCCUUCUUCCUCCAACCCUUCACCCUCUCCAAGCAUCUCGAGUGAACCGCCGCAGUCUAUGAUAGCCGCUUUGCAGAAGGCACCCCGUCAUGCAUCUCAUUCAGAUGUUAGCAGUGUAAAAAAUAUUUUCCGUAGAACACUUGCAUCAUUUAGGCGAUCUAGUAUAGUGAAAAGAAAUGACAAGCCGCCCGAACCAUGACAAGCUUCUACAUGCUCUUGGUUUCCCUUUGUUUACUUGGUUGCUUUCAAAACUGUACGACAUUUUCAGUACAAAUGCCUAAUAAG